UGACAGAUGAACAAAAUGGAACAGAGUCAGAAACAGAAACAGAAACAGAAUCAGAACCAGAAAGUUUUGAAUGGGAAAUUGAUAUAAUAAGUCAAAUAGUCAUUAAUAGAAAAGGUGAAAUUAAUUAUGAUUUUAUGAUUGGUGAUGAUAUGCAAAAAUUAAAAAAAUUAAGUCAUAUGAAUAGUCUUCAAUAUACCUUAACAAGUUUAUCAACUGGUGGAGCAAGUGCUAUUGAAAUUGAUAAACUUAAAGAGAGAGAAUUAAAUCAUUCAAUAAAUCCACAACUUGUCGUUGAGAAGAAAUCUACCGAUGAAAUAUGGAAUGAACCACCACGAGAUCCAACUCAUCCAAUCCAUUUAAUUAUAGUGACUCAUGGGAUAUUUUCAAAUUUGACGGCUGAUUUACUUUAUGUUCGAGAUACUUUAAUGAAUAAUAGUUCUGAGAAUGUAUUAAUUAGAGGUUAUGCCGGUAACGCAGGUAAAACAGAAAGAGGUGUUAAAAAAUUAGGAAAGAAUAUGGGUAAAUAUUUAAUUGAAUAUAUUGAACAUGAAUGUCCUUAUAAGAUUGAGAAAAUUUCAUUUUUGGGACAUUCUUUAGGUGGAUUAGUUCAAUUAUAUGCAAUACGAUAUAUCUUAUUAACUAAAGGUAUAACAUGGUUUAAUGAUCAUAAGAUUCAACCUCAAAAUCUUAUAUUUUUAGCAAGUCCAUUACUUGGUAUAUUGAAUGAAAUAAGUUUCUUUUUAUCAUGGUUUUUAGAUCUUGGAACAUUAGGUAAGACCGGUCGUGAUUUAACACUUUCAAAAAGAUUUUUAUCAUUAAAGAGUAAACGAGAGACAAGUGAUGAUAUGUCUUUGAAACCAAUUUUAGAAAUCCUUCCUGAUUCACCAUUACAAGAAUUUCUAGGUAAAUUUAAAAAAUUAACGAUUUAUGCUAAUGCUGUGAAUGAUGGAAUUGUUCCAUUGAGAACUGCAGCAUUAUUAUAUCUUGAUUAUGAGGCCUUGGGUGAUGUAAAUGAAAUUAAGAAACAUCAUCCAGUUAAUACGCAUUCUUCUUCGCUGAAUGCAUCAAUUCAAACAAAUACAUCUACAAAUACAAUAACUGAAGUUCCAGAAGAUGAUGAUACUAAUGGUGAAGGUGAAGGUAAAAAGCUAAAGAAUCAACUGGUUAAUAAGAUUAGAGCUAUUGGUGAUAUAUUAAAUUUAAAUUUGGGUUGGAAACCAAGUCAUUCAUCAACAGCUUCACGUAAGUUAACAAGUAGAGAAAGAAAAUUCUUAAGAAUAUCAGCGAAAGGGAUCGAUUCUGAUAGUAUUAGACAAUAUGAAAAUGAUGAUGAUUACGAAGAGGAUGAUAUAGGAAAUACUACAAUUGUAUCUGAUGGUACUGCAUCUACUACCACUAAUACUGAACCAGCACUUAAUAUUCCUCCAAGAGCAAAUGUUGUUGAAUCAGCUCUUAAUGCUAUAAUAUGUCCAGUACCUUCAACUAAUUUUAUCAUGAAUCCAGAAAGUCGAAAUGCAGUUAUAUUUCAUGAUAAAUAUUAUAAAUUUGAGAACUUACCCAAACCUGAGAAUGAAAAAGAUGAAGAGCAUAAAUUUUUGUUUACUUGGACUUUAAAACAUGAUUGGAAACUAAAGAAACAAGUUAGGAUUGCCAGAAAAUAUCAUACGGGAGAAUUAAAUUGGAGAAAGAUUUUAGUUCACUUGCCACCAGAUGCACACAAUAACAUAAUUGUUAGAAGAAGAUUUGCUAAUGGAUAUGGGUGGGGAGUUAUUGAUCACGUUUGUGAGAAUUUAUUUAUGAGUGAUCGGUUACUGCAGAAUGGUCAUGGAAAGCUUCAUGAUAAACCACAAGAUAAUGAAGUUGUUAAAGCUAAGAUGUAAAUUACAUAGAAAUGAUUACUGUAAUAUAUAUUCAAAAUAAAUGUAUGAUUAUUAAGAAUUGGAUGCAAAAGUCAUAAGCCGC